CACCCCAGCCCAACCCAACAAGACCCACCGGAGAAAACACCAAGAAAUCACUCCCGGCAGCGGCGUCGGCUCCAGCGAGGCUUUAGCAGCUGAGUGAGGGCAGGCCACUCUCCGACCCGGCGGCGGAGGCACUGUGCGUCUAUUCUUUGCUUCCGCGGCUCCCUAAUCGGAUCCAGGAGCCUCCAGUGCUCGCUUGCGAAAUUUGGGAGCCGGGAGCGGGUUCCACUUCCGCGUCUAUCCACCCGUGGGACGAAAUUGGGGGCCAACGGUGCCAGGGCUAUUGUUUGUUUCGUCAUCACUUGUAGUAUCAAUUAUCUGAUCCAGUGAGUUGUAAUGUUAUUGGAGUUGAAAACCUUGCCUCACGAGGUGUCGAGACCUGGAGGCAAGAAUGUGCAGUUCAUUCGUUUCCCCCUCGACUAGUUCAGUGUUUUCCCAUCCCGGCAUUCCCUCUAUAGCAGCCAGCUGCUAUAGAUGGAUGCACUACAGCUGCUUCUCCUGAGGCUUCUCUUUUGUCUACUGAAAUUAUAGAACACGGUAGUUUUUAAAAUUAUAGAGCACUUGCCAUGUUUGCCACACUCCCUAGUAGUUCGCUAGUCACUUAUGUGCUACAUUUUACUAGGGAAAAAAGGGAACUUUCUCCUCUCUUUUGAGUACAGCUGAUGUUGUUAUUGUCAGAUCUAUGCUGGAGGAGUUAGCUUAGGAGACGAUUCUUUGUUUCAGCUUGUAUGCUGCAGCCUACAUAGUUAAUGAUACAACUCAUUGGGAAAUAUUAAAACAGCACUAAAUGAGACUGGCAGACUGCAUUAUUAUAAUGUAAUGUAUGGUAGUUGUUUAGAAUUAAUAGUUAUAUCUGGAACAGCUGCAAUCAAGUCUAAGCUUAUGUAUAAUCUGGCCUACAAAAACAGGCCUUUUUGAAGAGUGUAGUGAAGCCUCAGUGCUUCACCAUGCUUGUUUACUAUAUUUGCCGUCCUUUUCCUGAUGGCUAUUUGUUAGCUUUGUGAAAGGAAGGUGUGCCAAACUCUGUAUGUAACACUGCUUCAUUCGAAGUAAAACAUUAGGUAAACUCUUUUUUUUAAGUAUGAGAAAAAAUGUUCAGAGUUAGUGAAACAUGAUCUCCUCGGCACCCCCUAAUUGUAUUAUGUAUUUUGAGUAUUCUAUCUUUUUCCUUUUCUGGGAAUUUUGCUCCUUCUGUCUCCGGCUAAACAUACCUAGUUCUGUGUAUUGUCAACUUCGGACAUUUCUUGAUCUUGAGACAUAAUGCAGGAGCUGAGUCCAAAUUUAAUUUUGUUUAUCAUCUCAGAAUUGUUGCACUUUCCAUAGUAGUGCCAUGCAACCUCUUUGCUUUCUCCUGUGAACUAUUCCAAAGCUGCUACAAACAUCUAUGUUUUUGUUUGACAAUUCACUUUUUCCUGUGGGCAGUCUGAUGUGGGUUCCAAAGGCUGUGAAAGAAAACUUAGGGGGGGUGAAAAACAGCUUGUUCAAGUUUGCAGCCAAAUCAUAUAUAUUCAUUAUAUCAUUGAGAUAUCAUCAGUGUUCAAGGUGCAAACAUUCCUCAUGAACCAUUUUACUCUGGAUUCCCCUAUAAUGAUGACUCCAAAUUCACAAAGCUAGUACAAAUUGCUCUUUUCAUUUACAAUGGAUCCUCGUCCUCCUAGUCAUUUCUCACAUUGGAAGAGCUAUCCAAAUGAGCCACCAGGAAUGCUAAAUCCUAUGAACUUCCACCACCAGCAGUUUCCACAGCAUCUUUCGUUUUCACAUCCAUCAUAUGCCAUGAAUUUCCCGCACCAGCAAUUUCCACAGCCACACCUAUAUCCACAAAAUGUCCAUUAUGUUGUUGUCCAACCACAAUAUGCUCCUUUUUCACUACCACAACUGCCACAUCCACCUGUUGGAGUUAUGCCAACACCACCACCUCCACCUGCUGGAGUUAUGCCAUCACCAGCAGUGGCCCUUCCACGUCCACCUGGUGGGGUGAUGCCAUUUAUGACAGUGCCAGAUUCAGGAACUCCACAUUCCGUAACUGGUCCUGAUGAACAAGACACUGUUAGUGGGGACAAUGAUGAGAAUGAUCCUGAUAAGGCUGCUAGGCGAUUGAUGUGGAUGGAAGAGGAGGACAUAAGAUUAAUUAGUGUUUGGUUAAAUUGUCCAAAGCUGAAGAAUUUGAAAAGGAAGGAGGUGUGUUGGGGGUAUGUUACGCAGGCAUAUAACAAAAGUACUCCAAGAGAUCGAAGGAGGGAAGCAAAUCACUUGAAGAGCCACUGGUCGAAGACCAAUAAGAAGAUUGCCCAGUUCUAUAACUGUUGGUGCCGAGUCAAGGAAAAAUAUGCCACGGUCCAGUCUGACUGCAUGCAACUUAUGGACCAAACUUGGGCGAUGUACUAUGAAGAAGCAAGGGAAAUGUAUUUUGAGGAAGCAAAACAUAAUUUCGCCUUCAGCCAUUUCUGGAAAGCUGUUUGGGACCAACCCAAAUGGUUAAGGUACAUCUCCAAGAGGACCAAGUUGUCUGAGUUUGGGGACUGUACGUCAUCAUCUGAAGAUGAUGAAGAUGUGGCUGAAAAAGAAGCAAGCCAACAAGGUUGCAUGACUGCUAAGAAACAGGAUGGUCAAGGGAAGACGUUCUCUCACUCAUCGGUGUUGCAAGAAGCCACUCAAUGUGCAGUGGAUCCUCAAGACUUGCUUAAGGACAAUCAAAAGGAGAUGACUGAGUUACAGCUUGAGCAUGAAAGUGCAGUGAGGGUAGAUAUGCCUGAAAAUAAAUUACAUCCACAAGGUUGCAACAUAGUAGAGCAUGCAAGAACAGUGAAUGGUGAUGUUCCUGGACAAGAGACAACCCAGCGAGGUUGCAUGGUGACAAUGGGCAAACGGAAACGUAAAGGCAGCUUAUCAUCUUCUCCCAUGGAAGUGCAGGAAGACAUUAAACGUGCAAUGGAUCUGCAAACCAUGCUUCAGAAGGAUCGUGAGAAGAUGUCAGAGGUACAAUUGCGUCUCUCGAAGGAGAAGCUUGAGUUGGCCAGGCUAAAGCAGUUGGAAGCGAAGGACAAGAAGGAAACAACGCUCUACGAGAAGUACACAGAGCUGUUGACAGCUGACACUCAGGGUUUCAAUGAGUUCCAGAAGAAAGAGUAUGAGAAGGCAGUGAAGCGCAUGGGAGAGAUGCUAUUUGGUAAAGAUGCUAAGUAGCAUACUAUCGUGCUGCUCGAUGAUAAGCUGGAAGCCUAUUGUUAUCAUGCAUUGUCAGAUCAUGCUGCUUGAUGAUAAGCUGGAAGCCUUGCUAUUGUUAUCAUGCGGCUACUCCUGAUGCCUCUCAUGCCAAAAUUGAUGGCCCUAUAAAAAUCUAACAAUGUCUCAACUUUGGUGCCAUCAAGGGUCCCCUCAAGGGAGGUUUCUAGUGCAUCGAGACUUUCAGUAGUUAGCUACUAAAGCAAGAAAAUAUCCUUUACCUUUGUUGAAAUUUUGUUGCAAGUGACUUGAAAAUGUUCUUCCACCAGUUUGCACAUUAUAUACUCUACUGUGGGAUUUGUUUUUACAUCUAUAUCAAACUGCACUGCCAAUUCGAUGACAAUGGAAUUGAAUCAAGGAGCAGAGCUUUGUAGUGGUGGAGAGAAACGGGGAGAGAAUUUAUAGGAUAGUUUGGAAUGAAUUAUGUUGACAAAGGUGUUGGGUAUCUUUAGUGACCAAUUAAUGAAAUAACUGGCAUAUCUUCGGCUCUUGGUAUAUCCACAUGCAUGUACUUCUGAAAAGUGGGACUUGCUAGCUUGAUCCGCAAAUUCAAUACUAUUUCUGUACGAACACUCAUCAUGUGUAAUGAAGUACUAUCAUGUGUAAUGGAGUAAUUGAUCCGUCGUUUGUAUU